AUGGGGUUGUCCUUAUCACGAAACGAAUUCCCGGUUGAGGGUCGAACAGUCCUCAUCACAGGCGGUUCUCGUGGACUGGGCUUAGCAGCUGCAUGCCAGCUUGCAGCAAAGGGUGCAAAUGUAGCUAUUGGAGCACGAGACCCCGAAGUCCUGAAAGAAGCCCUUGCAGAAGUUGAGAAAUCUGCUCAUUCUUCAACCCAACGUUUUUACUCACUUAUUGCGGACGUGACUAAAGCUACAGAAUGUGCAAGGGUAAUUUCUGAAGUCACAGCAUGGAAUGAUGAUACCCCACCAGAUAUCGUCUGGUGUUGCAGUGGAAGCGCACAUCCAACAUUGUUUGUCGACACGCCAGUCGAGCAGCUCCAAACUAUGAUGGACAGCAAUUACUUUUCCAGUGCUUACAUGGCUCAUGCUACACUUAACGCAUGGUUGAGGCCUGCUUUAGACGGUGCUACUAAGACGAGUGCCGAGUCAAAGCCAUUGCCAGCGCGGCACAUUAUCUUUACUGGCUCGUUUGUAUCUCUGUACAGCUUUGCUGGUUUCACACCUUACUCUCCAUCUAAAGCUGCCAUUCGAUCUCUAUCCGAUUCUUUGUCGCAGGAGAUGAACUUGUACGCUGGUGCUCACCCCAACGAACCUCGCGUCUGCAUACAUACAGUCUUCCCAGCUACAAUGCCGACCAAAUCUUUGGAUGAUGAAAACCGUGUCAAGACAGAUGUCACAAAGGCUCUCGAGGAGGGAGACCAGAUAUUAAAACCUGAUGAAUGCGCUAGUCGUGCGAUUGCAGGACUCGAAAACGGAGAGGAGCUUGUUGCCACGAGCACUAUUAUCAGACUGGUUAUGACUACUGUUAUGGGCGGUGCUAUCAGAGGUGGAUUCCGGACAGGGUUGAUCAACACCAUGCUGAGUUGGGUUGUUAUGAUUGUCAUGGUAUUUAUUCGCUGGGAUAUGGAUGUCAAGGUCAGGAAUUGGGGGAAGAAACAUGGUGCAACCGGCAAAGUUUCUGAGUAA